CCCUCUCUCUCUCACACACACACACACUCUUUUUUUCUCUCUUCCUCAGACACUAGCUAGCCACUGCCUGCAGCAGUAAGCGGACAACUCAUUCCCACUCGGCGUCGGUCUCCUGAGAUCCAGCAGCAUGCUGACCCAUGGCUUUUCACACUUAAAAUGAAAAGAAAAAGUUGCCUUCGAUCGGUAAUUUGCGCGUUUGAGUCGACCCAAAGCCGAGCUUCUCCAGAGCUCUUUGUUUUGCUCGGGAACAGCCAGUCGUGUAUAAGAAGACAGCGAUAACAGAAAGGAUAAAAGUACAAGGACCCAACCAUAAUUGUAGUCUAUGGAAAUGCAGGAUCUAGCCAGCCGAGUUAGUGGUAGCAGUGAGUCUCCGAGUGGCCCCAGCCUUGACAACUCACACAUCAACACCAACUCCCUCACCCCUAAUGGCACAGAAGGUGAUAACAUCACCUUACUCACCACUGCUGACUGGUUGUUAAGUUCUAGCUCACAGUCUACUGCAGUUAAAACAGAACCCAUGAGUACCAGUGACAUCACCACCUCUGUAGCAGACGGCUCACUAGACAGUUUCUCAGGACCAGUCUUAGGGACCAGUGGUUUCAGCCCCAGACAUACAGCCCAGUUCUCCCCUCAGAUCUACCCGUCCAACAGACCUUACCCACAUAUUCUUCCAACUCCGUCCUCGCAGAACAUGUCGGCCUAUGGUCAGACUCAGUACGCCGCAGGAAUGCAGCAAGCCCCGGCCUACGCCAGCUACCCCCAGCCUGGCCAGCCCUACGGGAUCCCAGCCUACGGCAUCAAGACAGAGGGGGGACUGACUCAAAGCCAGUCUCCAGGUCAGAGCGGGUUCCUCGGUUAUAGCUCGAGCUUCUCUACGCCCCAGACGGGACAAGCCCCCUACAGCUACCAAAUGCAAGGGGGCAGUUUCACCACAACAUCAGGACUGUACGCAGGGAGCAACUCUCUCACUAACUCCACUGGAUUCAACAGCACACAGCAGGACUAUCCCACGUACCCGGCGUUCGGCCAGAGCCAGUACGCCCAGUAUUACAACAGCAGUCCCUAUACUUCACCCUACAUGACCAGUAACAACGCCAGUCCCACCACACCAUCCACCACGGCCACCUACACCCUCCAGGAGCCGCCCACGGGCAUCACUAGCCAGGCCCUCACUGACCAGUCUGGAGCAGAGUACAGUACAAUCCACAGUCCAUCAACGCCCAUUAAAGAUUCAGAAUCGGAUCGAUUGCGUCGGGCCUCGGAUGGGAAGGCGCGCGGGCGAGGAAGACGGAAUAACAACCCCUCCCCGCCUCCUGACUCUGACCUUGAGCGCGUGUUCAUCUGGGACCUGGAUGAAACAAUCAUCGUUUUCCAUUCCUUACUCACGGGCUCUUACGCCAACAGAUACGGAAGGGAUCCACCAACAUCGGUUUCACUGGGUCUGAGAAUGGAGGAGAUGAUCUUCAACUUGGCAGACACACACUUAUUCUUUAACGACUUAGAAGAGUGUGAUCAGGUCCACAUCGAUGACGUCUCCUCCGAUGACAAUGGUCAGGACCUGAGCACCUAUAACUUCAGCACAGAUGGAUUUCACGCGGCGGCCACCAGUGCCAACCUGUGCUUGGCCACGGGUGUGCGUGGAGGCGUGGACUGGAUGAGAAAGCUUGCCUUCCGCUACAGACGAGUAAAAGAAAUUUACACCACCUACAAAAACAACGUUGGCGGACUGCUGGGUCCAGCCAAAAGGGAGGCCUGGUUGCAAUUGCGUGCAGAAAUUGAAGCUCUUACAGACUCCUGGUUAACCCUGGCACUGAAAGCACUAACAUUAAUCCACUCAAGAUCAAACUGUGUGAACAUACUGGUGACCACGACCCAGCUCAUCCCGGCGCUGGCCAAGGUUCUGCUCUAUGGUCUGGGAGUGGUCUUCCCUAUCGAAAAUAUUUAUAGCGCCACAAAAAUAGGCAAGGAGAGUUGUUUUGAGCGCGUGAUUCAGAGGUUCGGGAGGAAAGUUGUUUACGUGGUGGUGGGGGACGGGGUGGAGGAAGAACAGAGUUCUAAAAAGCACAAUAUGCCGUUCUGGAGGAUCACCAGCCACUCGGACCUCAUGGCGCUCCACCACGCUCUCGAUCUGGAGUAUUUGUAGCAUUGCAAGUGCCCCACCUGCCCUGCCUGCCCCACCUGCUCCUCCUGCUCCUCCAUCUCCUCCACCACUGCAACCAGCUGGCCCAGUAGCCCUGGACCCCACAUACCCCAGAGACCACCACCACCACAACUACACCCACCCUGCUGUCUGCAUCUCAAUAGCACAGACACAAAACACAAACCAAAGCUAAGGUUCAUCCACACACACACACACACUGAAAGCAAAGCCCGAGCAAGGCGCUUGCCGGUCCGUCUUAACCCCCACCCUCAUGGACAAGAGGGGAUUUACCCCCUGCGCCUGCUUUAUGGGUCCGCCCGUCUACCCGCCGGGGUUCACACCUGCCAGCGAGCAGAGCGACCGAUGUGCUGGAGCCCAGCAAGUCAUACACCCAACUGCAGUGCGCCAGGACAUCUCUUUGUUCUGCCCCUGCCCUCUGCACCCGUGGCUCCAAUCGUCCAGAGACUGCCCCCGGGGUGCGAGACCACUACGAUGGACGUCCUACACUUCAUAUUUAUAAUGGAAGACCUGCUUAAGUACCACUGGCCUGGGAAGGCUGUUCAGACUCCUCGUCUGGGUCAAAGGACUUAUGGAGGGAAAAUCAAAGGAUUUUCUAAUAAUUUAAGAAAAAAAUACAAAACUUUAUUUACAUCGCUCAGACAAUCGUGUACAGAAUACAUCUUUUUUUGUGUGUAAAAUUUUUAAUCACUGGACUAUUCCUGCGCUGGCUUAGAAAAAGUUAGAUAAAGGGCAGUGCUUCUCAUGGAAGUGCACAGAGACAGCCGUGCACAGAGAUGGACGUGCACAGAGAUGGACGUGCACAGAGACAGAAGUGCACAAAAGCUUGUGUAAGGUCUAAAGAUGAUGAUGAGUUCAUCGGUUCGUCGGCUCGAUAUCCAUAAAUAAGGGAUUUCUGUGAUCAAUAUCUGUAGAUAAGGGAUUUCUUUAAUAAUUGUUUUGUCAUGACCAAAAGCAUGGAUGUCAAGUGUCAAUGAUUUCAUAUUUUGUUCAGUUUUUUCUCCCUUGCUCUUGUGUCGUUCUAGCUAAAGUCUCGGUUCUGUACUUAUCUACAGAACCUGGGCGUCCCCAUAACGUUGUACUGUUUUGGUCAAGAUGUCAUCUAAGGUAGCACAGCUCUGGCAGCCUGGGUUCAGUAGGCCCCGAGCUGGAAUGCAUGUAUUCAUAACACACACAUCUGAGCACAUGUCAGGUAGGACCUGCAUAAACCACGAAUGUCAGAUUCAGACAUAAACGUAACUGUGUGUGUCUACACCA